UACAAGGAAAUGACAGAGUUUCAUGACAAUUUUGUGAAGUGAUAAACAAGAGUACUAAUUGGUGGUUACGUCGAAUUCCUUGCUUUCUAAGUCAUGCGCUAGAUAAUUUAACCACAUUGCCAUAGUAUUCUUCCGAAAAUACAAAAGUUAGGAUCGCCACUGUCUUUCCUGAGGUAUGAGUAAGAAGAUAUCCAAAGAAAUAAUUUAUUUUGCCAUAUAUAUCAUGAAAUAUUGUAAUAAAUUAAUGGAGCAAUAAUAUUGCUAUAUAUAUUCUCUAGCCUCCAGCCUCGAUUUCCCUUUUCACUUUCUUUUUUAUUAAUGGCCUGUUCGGAAAGAUUCUAAUCUCUUUAGAUGGGUUUAGCGUUGAAAAAAAGUGUAUAUGUUGGCAAAUCUAUAUUCCCAAAGGUUUGGAAAAUUCUGUUGGCAAAAUUGCUCGUGGUAAUUUAUUUUGUGUACGUAGGGAGCAGAUUGUUCGGAAUCACUUUCAAAUGCACCAAAACACAACCAUGGAAAUACGAUGUGUUUUUGAGUUUCACCGGGGAAACCCGCAAGGGUUUCACUCACUUCUUGUACAAAGCAUUGCAACGGCGAGGACUCAAAGUUUUCAGGGACCAAGAAAUCCAAAGAGGUGCAAACAUUUCUUCAAUGCUCUCAACUGGAAUUGAAGAAUCGAGGUUUGCCAUCAUCAUCCUUUCCCCAAAGUACGCUUCUUCUACUUGGUGCUUGGACGAACUUACUAAAAUUGUGGAAUGCAUGGAAGUCAAGGGCACAACAAUUCUCCCAAUAUUUUAUAAGGUGAAGCCAACGAGUGUACGGAAUCAAAGAGGAGCUUUUGCAAAAGCCUUCAAGAAGCAUGAUAAUAAUUAUGUUAAAGACAAAGCAAAAGUGCAAAGGUGGAGAAGCGCUUUUACAAAAUUGAGCGUUAUCGCUGGAUGGAUAUCAACAGAAUGGUAUGAGUACGAGCUUAUUGAAGAAGUCGUGGAAUUAGUGUGUAGCACAUGCAUCUUAGCUCGAUCCAAUGAAUUUAGUCGGAUCAAAUUGAUGAAGAACCUGCUAACUUUCAGUUGAACAGCAACGAUGAACAGCCUGUCAAAAGUUCAAUUGAAGGAAGCUGGACAACUAGGUGAACUAGCUAUAAUUCCAGUGGAUGAAGUGGAUCGAGGAUGAACAACUUGCAUACAAAGUCUUCGUAUGAAGGUUUGAAAAUUGAUUAAUUACUUUGCGAUAUAAUAAUGGCAGCUGCGCGCCCGCGGGGGGUAGUGAUAAGUAUAAAUAAGCUUAGAAUAAAAGAGUAAUUAAUUUAUACACAUGCUAUUGAGAUUGAUGUGCGGCCUGUAACACCAGUACUUGCUUGAUGAACAAGAAACC